GUGCGCGGGGUCUCUCCCCCUCUGGUCUGAGCAAUGCCGACUGUCAGUGUGAGACGGGAGUUGUUAUUCCAGGCUCUGGGCCGCAGCCACACUGAUGAAGAAUUUGAUGAACUCUGCUUUGAGUUCGGUCUGGAGCUUGAUGAAGUGACAACUGAAAAGGACAUCAUAAGCAGAGAGCAGGGAGAUGGAAAAGCAGACGGAGCAUCUGAUAUAGUCUUGUAUAAGAUUGAUGUUCCUGCUAAUCGCUAUGAUCUCUUAUGCCUGGAAGGACUGGUACGUGGACUGCAGGUCUUUAAGGAGAGAAUUGAAGCCCCAAAAUACACAAGAGUGGGACCACUGAAUGGGGAGAUGCAGAAACUGAUAAUAACAGAAGAGACUGCACAGGUGCGUCCGCAUGCAGUAGCAGCCGUUCUGCGUAAUAUCAAGUUUACUAAGGAUCGCUAUGACAGUUUCAUUGAGCUGCAAGAAAAGCUGCAUCAAAACAUCUGCAGGAAACGAACUCUGGUUGCUAUUGGUACCCAUGAUUUGGACACCAUAUCUGGACCCUUUACAUAUACAGCAAAACCACCCUCUGAGAUUAAAUUCAAACCAUUAAAUCAGUCGAAGGAAUACACUGCUCUAGAACUUAUGGAUCUAUACAAGACUGAUAGUCAACUUCGACAUUACUUGCAUAUUAUUGAAGACAAGCCAGUUUACCCAGUUAUCUAUGACAGCAAUGGUGUGGUUCUCUCUAUGCCCCCUAUCAUAAAUGGAGACCACAGUAAAAUAACACUGAACACUCAGAAUGUUUUCAUUGAAUGUACUGCAACUGAUCGUACUAAAGCAAAAGUAGUCCUUGACACAAUUGUCACAAUGUUCAGUGAAUAUUGUGAGAAACCGUUUACUGUUGAGGCAGCUCAAAUUAUUUAUCCCAACGAGGAAACAAUCAUCUAUCCAGAGAUGGCUUACAGAAAGGAAAUAAUGAAUACAGAUUUGAUUAAUAAACAAGUAGGAAUAAACGAAACACCUGAAUCUGUCGCUAAGUUGUUGACUCGGAUGUACUUGAAGUCCAAGGUGAUAGGGAAUGGAACACAAAUAGAAAUUGAAAUCCCUCCCACAAGAGCAGAUGUCAUCCAUGCGUGUGAUAUUGUAGAAGAUGCAGCAAUAGCCUAUGGUUACAAUAACAUCCAGAUGACCAUUCCAAAAACCUAUACUAUUGCCGAUCAGCUUCCAAUAAACAAGCUCUCCGAGUUGCUGAGGCAAGACAUGGCUGCUGGUGGAUUCACUGAGGCAUUGACUUUUGCCCUGUGUUCUCGCGAAGAUAUCGCAGACCGACUCUGCAAAGAUAUAGCGGUAACGAGGGCAGUACAUAUUGCCAACCCCAAAACAGCCGAAUUCCAGGUCGCUCGCACUACACUUCUGUCUGGUCUGCUGAAGACAAUUGCAGCCAAUAGGAAGAUGCCACUGCCACUUAAGUUGUUCGAAAUCUCAGAUGUGGUAUUGAAAGAUUCCUCUAAAGAUGUUGGUGUGAGGAACAGCAGACGCCUCUGUGCUGUGUACUACAACAAGAAUCCUGGCUUUGAGGUGAUCCAUGGCCUGUUGGACCGUAUAAUGCAGCUUCUUGAAGUGAAACCAGGGAAAAAGAACGGAUACUAUAUUCAGGCAGCAGAAGAUUCUACCUUCUUCCCGGGUCGAUGUGCAGAGAUCUUUGCUAAAGGUCAAAGUGUAGGCAAGCUGGGAGUUCUUCACCCUGAUGUUAUCACCAGAUUUGAACUGACUAUGCCCUGCUCCGCUCUCGAAAUUGACAUGGAGCCGUUUCUUUGAAGGAUGAGACUGCUCUCCUGCUCCCUGAAGUUCUUAUCACACUUUUCUGUCCUUCAGUCAUUCUGCACAAAAAGCAGCUACUGACACUAUUCCACUGUAUAGAUAAAUAUUUAAUAAGG